AUGACCUCCUCCGCCGCCAAGAUAGACGCCCUCGUCGCCUGGGCCGUCUCCCACGGCGCCACCCUCCACCCCUCCGUCGCCAUCUAUCACGACGCCGCCACCGGGCUCUCCUUUCGCGUGCAGCCCUCCGCGCCGCACCCGCUCCCGGGCGACUACGCCUCCGAGCCCAUCGUGCGGCUCCCCGCCGCCCUCUCCCUCUCCUACCUCGACGCCAUCCGCCCCGGCCGCGCGGCCGGAGCGCCACCACCGCUCGCCAGCGCCCUACUCCGCGCCGGGUUGCCGCCGCACGUCCUGGGCCGACUGCUCCUCGUCCGCGAGUACCUCGCCGGCGCGUCCUCCUUUUGGUACCCGUACCUGCACGCGCUGCCGCAGCCCGAGGACGCCGCCGCCUGGCUGCUGCCGCCGUUCUGGGACGACGACGACGCCGAGCUGCUCGACGGCACGAACCUCGAGGUCGGCGUGGCCCGGAUCCGCGCCGACCUGCGGAAGGAGCUGGCCGCCAUCGAGGCCGCCUUCCGCUCCGCCGACGCGCCGGAGGAGGGGGGGGGAGAAGGAGACGAACCGGCGUCUCGCGGAGCAGUUUCCCGCAGCUUCCGUCCCAGCCUCGUGCUGUCCGACGAGCAGCGCCAGCAACUUCCCGCGGGCGUCGGCGCCGACGACUUCUCCGUGCUGCUCCCACUCUUUGACAUUGGCAACCACGAUAUGACGGCGCCCGUGAGGUGGGAGCGCGGCGCCGACGGCACCUGCGCGCUGCGUACCGGCCGCGCGCACCAGCCGGGCGAGCAAGUCUUCAACAACUACAGCGCCAAGACCAACGCGGAGCUACUCCUCGGCUACGGCUUCAUGAUUCCGCCCACGGCGGCCCUGCACAACGACUACGUCCACGUGCGCAAGCGCGGCGGCGGCGACGGGCCGACAGCGGCAUCGGACGAGUACCUCGUCUCAGCACGGCCCCUACGCGACGCCAGCUCCAUCCUCGCGCGUGGUAGGCUGCCCAGCAUCGCGGCCGGCUUCGACAUCUCGCACGCUGAUGCCAUCACCCCCGCGUUUCAGCACGUGCAGCCGGACAUGGUGUGGGACAUUUUUACGUCCUUGGCACCGGGUGACGCUUCCCAGCGGCUGAUUCCCGUCGAGGGCAGCGACGACGACGGCGAGGCAGACCGCCGGAGACGGCUGCUGUUGCUAACGGGUCGGGUCACAGGCGCGUGCCUGCCGUACUUUGCGCAGACGGCGGCCGUCAUCCAAAACAAGGUGCUGCAGGAACUGGAGCGCCUCCAGGAGACCGACGUCGAGGUGGGCGAGGCGGACCGCGCCCGGCUGACGCCCUGCCAGGCGCUCGCGCUCGAGUACAGGGACCGCUGCCGGGCCGUCCUGGAGAGCACGCUGGAGAGCAUGCACAGUGACGAGACGCUGGCCGCCGCCAUGGAAGCGAUGGGUCAGGAGGAAUAG